UUGAGGCCUGCGAUUGCGAAGCGUGCGUAUUUGACGUAGUUUUGUUGAUGACGCGGGCCCUCUGCCCGGGGCGACCUCUGACCGGUCGUGGGUCACCCGGCCGCCCGGCCGUAGUCGGCUGGCGGGCCCGGCGUUGUGGAGACGACUGGUCGUGAAGAGGAGCGAGACACGAUGCGGAUCUGGAGCUCGGAGCGCCGUCUGGCGGUAACCACCCUGGCCGCCCUGGCUGCGCUGAUCGUGCUGCCGCGGCCGGCCGCCGCCUUCGUCAGUCGCCGAACGUGCUACUGCGACCUGCGCCAGGGCCGGCUCAUGUUCAGCCCCCUGCUGAUGGACGUGCCGGACCCGGUGCUGAAGGAUUUCCUGGUGUCGUGCCGGCGGGCCGAGACCUGGUGCCCGUCCGCCUGCCGGCGCGCCGCCCGCAAAACUCUGCUCAACGGUGGCGACGGGGACGUCUCGCCGCUCAGAGGCGCUGCUGGCGAGGCGGCCUGCACUGCCGUGGGUCACGCCACCCCCGCCGAGAAUCCUGUACAUGUGUUCGCCACCUACCGCGUCAGCAACUGUCGGAGCAGCGGCAGCCACUACUUCGGACGGCUGUGCUGCCGGCAAGACGCAGACGGUAUAGUAACAUUUAACGAGCUCUGCACAUGUGAACCGGCGCCCUCGGAGGAAAUGGCGGGGCUAGUCUCCGCUGCCACAGAAAAAGCCGAAGCCGCUGCCACAGAAAGUGCCGAAGCCGUUGACCCUGCCGCUACUGAACACGGCGGCCCAAAUACAACGGAAUCAUCGUCAUCCCAAGCAGUGCCCAGUCCGGCGGCGGAGAAAGCUGGGGAGAUGGCGUCUCCCCCUUCAGUUGAGUGACGGGGUCCGCAUCCCUGACGCCGGCAGUGCUGUGUCGAAGAGAUAGCCGUCCAACGCGGUCGACACGGGCCACUCAAUCGCUGCAUGGAACUGCUCACAGCGGUGGAUCGGGAUGCCCCCUCCCCCCACAGUAUCUGUAUCAUGCAAUGACGGUGAAGAGUCAACUGUGAUCAUCGCGCAGUAAAAGAUGGUCGCUGUUCAAUGUGGUGGUUUCAGCAAGUGGCAUCGCCGAUACGGGAGUAUCAGUACACGACAAACUAUUGAAA